UACUUUCAAGUCGUCUAUUUAAUAUAAUCGCUAUGAGAUCAUUUCAAUUUUUUACCAUAAUAUCUAAAUUUUUUUAACGGUUUUGAAUAGUUUUUAAAUUGAAAAUUUAAAUUCUGUAAUUUCAAUGGGUGCACAGCUUUAAAUGUUCAGCCAAUAAUAGCUUCUUGAACAUUAAUGUUUAAUUUAUUUCAUUUUUUUAACUUAGACUCUUAACUAUCAGCGUAGAAUUUAAUUGAUAAGAAUAAUCAAAAGGAAAAAAUCAUUAUGGCCGAAGAAAAACUUUCGAAAAAUGAAUUGAAACGACGAUUGAAAGCAGCACAAAAGGAAAAAGAAAAACUUGAAAAAGAUGCCCAUAAGCCGGAAAAGGUUGAAAAGUCAAAUGAAAACAAAAAAGAAGCUAAAAUUGACGAGUCUGAAAUCUCUCCAAAUGAAUACUUCAAAUUACGAUCAGCAGCAGUAACAGAAUUAAAAAGCAAUCCAUCAACACAUCCAUAUCCUCAUAAAUUUCAUGUCUCAUCAUCAUUGGAAGAUUUCAUCGAGAAGUUUAGUCAUUUGAAAGAUGGAGAAAUGUUGGAAAAUGAAAUGCUGAGUGUAGCUGGAAGAGUUCAUGCAAUUCGAGAAUCAGGAGCGAAGCUUAUCUUCUAUGACGUUCGAGGUGAAGGCGUUAAAAUUCAAGUCAUGGGAAACGCUAAAUUAUAUUCAAGCGAAGAAGCAUUUUCUGAAGACACUGACAGAAUUCGUCGAGGUGAUAUUAUCGGCAUCAAUGGAUAUCCUGGAAAGACAAAGAAAGGCGAACUUUCGAUCAUUCCCAAAUCAAUAAAACUUUUAUCACCAUGUCUUCAUAUGCUGCCACAUUUGCAUUUUGGAUUAAAAGAUAAAGAAACACGUUUUCGAAUGCGUUAUCUCGAUUUGAUUCUUAACAACCGUGUUCGUGACAUUUUUUACGUACGAUCGAAGAUUAUUUCGUACAUACGGCAAUUCUUCGAUAAACAAGGAUUCCUUGAAGUUGAAACACCAAUGAUGAAUAUGAUUCCUGGUGGUGCAACAGCCAAACCUUUCGUUACUCAUCACAAUGAAUUAAACAUGGAUCUUUACAUGAGAAUUGCUCCUGAACUUUAUUUAAAGAUGCUCAUUGUUGGUGGCUUAGAUCGUGUCUAUGAAAUUGGAAGACAAUUCCGCAACGAAGGCAUUGAUCUUACACACAAUCCGGAAUUCACAACAUGCGAAUUUUAUAUGGCAUACGCUGAUUAUAGCGACUUAAUUGAAAUAACUGAGAAGCUUUUGUCAGGAAUGGUUAAGUCUAUUCAUGGCAGUUACAAGAUAAAAUAUCAUCCAGAUGGUCCUGAAGGUGAAGAAGUUGAAAUCGAUUUUACGCCUCCAUUCAAGCGUGUCUCCAUGUUGAAGACAUUGGAAUCGAUUUUAAAAGUAAAAUUCCCUGUAGCCACUGAAAUGGCAACAAAGGAAACAAACCAAUUUUUCGAUCAACUUUGUAUCAAACAUCAAGUUGAAUGUCCGCCACCAAGAACAACAGCCAGACUCUUGGACAAAUUAGUGGGCGAGUUUUUGGAAGAAGAUUGUAUUAAUCCAACAUUUAUUUGUGAUCAUCCACAAUUGAUGAGUCCAUUGGCGAAAUAUCAUCGAAAUGAACCGGGACUAACUGAGCGUUUCGAAUUGUUUAUAAUGAAGAAAGAAAUUUGUAAUGCUUACACGGAGUUGAAUGAUCCAUUUGUACAACGUGAGAGAUUUGCACAACAAGCCAGUGAUAAAGCGGCCGGUGACGAUGAAGCUCAAUUGGUUGAUGAGAAUUUCUGUAUGGCACUCGAAUAUGGUUUGCCACCAACUGGUGGUUGGGGAUUAGGAGUUGAUCGUUUAACGAUGUUCUUGACCGAUAACAACAACAUCAAGGAAGUUCUUCCCUUCCCAGCAAUGAAACCUGACGAUACUUCGAAAGGACAAAAUCAAACUGAUUCUGAAACUACUGAACCAGUUAAACCGUAGAACAAAGUUUAACAUCUUAAAUAUCUUUCUUUUUGGGUUGAAAUAAAAGUUUGAAAUCAAACGUUU